AUGAUUGUAAGAUCACUGGGCAUCCCGGCUGUAUUUCCUUCUCGUCGUGGUCUUAGAGGAGGCAAAUUGGUGAAGAUUAACAGAGCUGCUAAGAAAUUCCUAUAUUAUGGCUUGGUCAAUGCCAGGUCUCUCGUCAGCAACAAUCCAAACCAAUUCCUGACUGACUUCGCUGACCUGCUUGAACUUCUCCUGCCUCAUCCUUCAAAGUUACUGAUUGUGGGUGAUUUUAAUAUUCAUGUGGACUCUGAAUCUAAUGCAUUCGGUCAGAAGUUUCUUUCCCCCGUCGAAUCGUGUGACCUAUCUCAGCAUGUCGGUGAAUCUACUCAUCACGGUGGCCACACUCUAGAUCUAGUAUUGUCGAGGUCAGUCGAUAAUCUAGUCCUUGACUGUCAUGUCUCUGAUUUACUCACUGACCACUCUGCCGUCCACUGGUUUGCUGUGGCUAGUCGUCCAGUUCGUCCGAAAAAAGCUGUCACAUUCAGAGACCUCAAAUCCUUAGAUCUGGAUCUAUUCGUGACUGAUCUGCUCAAUCUCCAACUUUUCACUGCGGAGACUAACGACGUAACCACUCUUCUAGAUUGGUACAACGAAGGAUUAGCCGCGGUUCUCAACAAGCACGCACCUAUUCAGAAAAGGAUGUUCACCAUCCGUCCGGACAACCCAUGGAAUAAUGCUGACAUCCACUCCAUGCGGAAGCAAGUGAGGUGGUUAGAACGAAGAUGGAAACUUUCCGGUUUGGCGAUUGAUAAGGAGAUCUUACUUCAGGCUCUAGCUGACCUGCGGAGUCUCAUCUCUACCGCAAAAGUGAAUUUUCUCCACUCCAAGAUCGUCGAGCAAACUGGGAAGAAGUCGUUAUUUAAGAUUGUCGAUUCAUUCCUCCUCAAGAAGCCAUCUCUUCGACUUCCGUCACAUGAUGACCUGCUUUCCCUUCUUGAGAACUUCGGUGACUUCUUUCUUACUAAAGUUCGUGAUAUCUGGUCUAGUCUCGUGUUAUCUGGCUCGGACCUGGAACCUGAGCAUUCUUUGACGUCUCGUACUUUCUCAUCGUUCUCUCCAAACCUGGUCGACGUCCUUGUUGCCCCAAUAACUAAGAUUGUAAAUCUUUCUCUGUCAUCGGGUGUGUUUCCGGAUACCAUGAAAUUAGCCCUGGUCACUCCGCUGCUGAAGAAGCCAAACAUCGACCCGGAAAUCCUAAGCAACUAUCGACCUGUUUCUAAUCUUUCAUUUCUAUCGAAGCUCAUUGAGCGGGUGGUUGUUAAACAACUGUAUGCACACUUAGAAUCUGACUCCGAGUCCCUCCUUGUCCCUGUCCAAUCGGCCUACAGACCUUACCAUUCCACUGAGACUGCGCUAUUGAAAGUUUUUAAUGAUCUCCUUCUCUCUGUUGAUGAAAACGAUACUGGUGUUGUGAUGGCAUUUCUUGACCAAAGCGCGGCCUUUGAUCUGGUUGAUCACAAUAUUCUUAUUGAUCGCCUUGCUGUCCGUUUUGGUUUUCAUGGUCUUAGUCUUGCAUGGCACGGUAUUGAUGAUCAUCAGAAUGCCGACGAUGAUCAGAAAUAUACUCGAUUCCGGAUAACACCUACUGGAGCUGAACAGCGCAAGGCAUUCUCUUCCCUGUCUGCCUGCAUUGAAGAGACGAAAAGGUGGGGUGCUCUUAAUCGGAUGAAAUAUAACGAUAUGAAGACGGAGGUUCUGUUGGUGUUUUCUAAAUACGGCGGUGCAAAGCCAAUUGAUUUGUCCCUGGAGGUUGGCGAUAAGAAAACCAAUCCUGUGUCAUCUGUCCGAAGUCUUGGGGUCACAAUUAACUCCCAUCUAUCGAUGGAUGGCCAGAUACGCUUGAUCUGCAAGAAUGCUUUCUUCCACCUAAGAAGAAUUUCCCAGCUGAAGAAGUUCCUCUCUAAAGCAGCCCUUACUCAACUGAUCCAUGCUUUUGUCAUCUCCAGGCUAGACUACUGGAAUUCUCUUCUUGCUGGCCUAUCGAGGGUUUCAUUGGAUCGCCUUCAACGUGUCCAAAAUGCUGCUGCUCGUCUACUUCAUGAUGCCAAGAAAAUUGACUAUAAGAUUGCUCGUCUGGCGUGUGAUAGACUUAUAACUGCUAAACCCCGCACAAAGACAUAUGGUUCUCGAUCCUUUACAGUUUAUGCCCCUAAGCUUUGGAAUUCCCUUCCAUCGACUGUCCCGUUUAAAGAUGAAAUUGAUAGCCGUGCUCGUCGUGAAAAGCGCCUUUGA